UUCGAGUCGACAGAACGCAAGAGUAACAACAAUGAGGAUCCUAGUUAUUUGUCUCUUGGCCACGAGCGUCUUAGCCGGGAAGAAACACGACAAACGUGGUAUACUUUUAGGAGAUUCCGGUUAUUCGAGCGGACUUGGUUUGAGUGGUUACACCACUGGUGGAUUAAAAUCUGGUUUAUAUGCCGGUGGAUUGAGUUCUGGGCUCGGUUACGGACUCGAUUCCGGACUUGCUUCAGGAUUCUCUUUAAAUGGAGGUAGUGCAGGAGGUGCGUUAUUAGGAGCCAGAGCUGAACGUAUUACUGGUGUCACCGUUCAUCGCGAAGUUCAAGUUCCGGUUCCAGUGCCGCAUCCUGUGCCGGUCGAAGUUACAAGAACCGUACCAGUUCCCCAUCCUGUUCCAGUUAGAGUUGAUCGUCCUUAUCCUGUACCAGUGCCACAUCCAGUUCCAGUCGAAGUUACUCGUCACGUACCUGUUAAGGUCGAUCGUCCUUAUCCUGUACCAGUACCUCAACCAGUCGAAAUUCGUGUACCUCAGCCCGUUCCCGUUCCCGUUCCCCAUCCAGUACCAGUUCCUAUCUCGGUUGGUCCAUCGAUUUCCUUGGGUUCUACAGGAGCUAGUAGCUUUUCAAGCGGAUUUUCUAGCGGACUUUCCACUGGAUUCUCAAGUGGUUACUCCGAUCUUGGAUCCAGUUUGCCCAGUGGACUUAGCUCUGGAAUAGAGGUCAGCAUCGGCCAUGGAUAUUCUUCUAACAGCGGUGGAUCGAUCGGUGGAGGAGAUUCUGGAUAUUCUUAUCCUGUACCAUCGAAGAAAUGGUGAACGAACGAAUUCGAGGAGUCGUUAAGUUUUAACGCUUACAUACAAAUUCUUUGUUCUUCUGGAAUCGACGACUAAAUGUACCUUUCUACGUUUGCUUCGAGCCAAGCAUCGUAACGAUCUAAUAAUAAUGAUAGUCAUAGCCAAUGUUUCAUAUAAUCAAUAAAUUUUUUUAUUUUGU